AUGAGAAGCUGCACUCUAUUGCUUGUCGCCUUCGCCGGCCUCGUCUACACGUGGGAUCUCCACGCGUUGGACCUCCGAAGCUUGAUCACCGAUAAGGAUACCCGAAACAAGCUGAAGGACCUCAGCAACAAGAAGGACAUGCCACGAUCUCAAAUGCAGCAACAACUCCAGCAGUACGUCCAGAUGCAACCACAAAUGGUCCAGCAAACCUACCAAACCAUUGCUCGCGCCAAGGACCAACUUCAACAAUCCGAAUGGCAACAAAAGAUGCAACAAGCCCAACAAAUGGGACUUGGCCAGGUCUACCAGCAAUUCAUGCAGAUUGACCAGAACUUGAACAUGAGCCGAGACCAGGCUGAGAAGGCAAAGAAGGACCUCGUCAAGGCUCUUCCUGAUGAUCAGAAGAAGGCCGUUGAAAGGAUGGACAAGGACUACUACAAAGACAUCAUGGAGUUGACGAAGAAC